AUGUCGACGCAGGCUGCGUUGCUGGCCGAAGCGAUCAAACUCAAGAAAUCUGCUGCUAUACCCCUGUAUACCAGCCCAUGCUCUCUGACCUGGGUUCUGCACGAUUACCUCCUCACUAUUGAGGAUGAGAAGAAGUACAUCUGGCCAAGUCCGUGGAGCUUUGGCAAGGUGCUCUUCUUCUGGGUCCGGUACUAUACAAUCCUCGCGCUCCUCUUCGACGUGGCACAAAUCCACUCGUUCAGUACAUUCCAGCCCUCUCUGAAUUUAUGUGUCUGGAUGGAUGCCAUCAUCCGCGUCGUGGGCGCUCUGAGCCUCUGGGGCGUUGAAAUCGUCAUGCAACUGCGCAUCUUCGCUCUCUUCCGUUUGUCGAAGCGCAUUGCUAUCAUCAACGCUGUACUCUUCUUGGGUUCUGUCGCGGCCUUCUUGUGGAUUCUCGUUCACAACGGCCUCGUUCGCGCUUCGGUGAUCGCGCAGGCGAAGUCGCUGCCUAUCCCGGGAUGUCCAGUCGUUCACACAGGUAUCGAAUGGGCGCAAUGGGUACCAGCUACUAUUUACGAGGGCAUUCUGUUUGGCUUUGCGCUGUGGAAAGCCGCGGAGAACUUCGCCACGGAGAUGCGCACGGAUGAUCGAAGAUCCACGAAGAGCAGCUGGCGCUCGACGUUGUACGGGAUUGUACUGCAGGAUAACCUCCUGUACUUCUUCUUCAUUGCCUGUAUCUUGACAUUCAACAAUAUCAUGGUCGUGGGCGUCAGCAAGAUUCCCUGGUUCUCAUACGGGCCUUUCCAUGCUGCGACCGGGAUCAUGACUGGGCGCAUGCUCAUGCAUGUCCGUAAGGCCUCCAUGAAACCCGUACAUCUCAUCGGCAGGACCACGAGCUCAGAUCCGACCAGCGUUGAUAUCGGUUCUGGACAAUGGCAUGCUGCCGUGGUCGCCUCCGGCAGUGGCGGCACGACGACAUCGGACUACACCGAGGACAGCUACGAGCUCAAAACUCGGGCCGAACGUACCGUCCGGAUUGUCGACAUCUCGGACCCUGCGUUGGCGAAGGGGAAGGGGAAGGACGACGCUGCUGUACAACUAACGAGCCUCGGCACGUACAGUGAAGCCCGCGGCCCUGAUUCACCCGUUUGA